AAUUGUUUCAUGUCGGGUUGUUUCCUUUUGCGGUGCUAACUAGGCGACAUAAAGGAACGCAUUUUGCAGUCGGCUGAAAACUUAGGAACCAUGAAGUUCGCAAUUGUGUCCGUGUUAUUGUUUUGCGCCUAUAUUACAAUUGCAGUUGCCACAAAAUGCAAACCGUAUUCAAAAUUUAGAUUGGAUAGCUGCACCACUUGUCAUUGCAGUGCCAGUGGACUGGAAUAUACUUGUUCGGCGGCCGAGUGUAAUUCGAAAUACGUUAUCUAUGACCCAUCCCCAAAAUUUCGAAGCCAAAGGAACUUAAGAAUUCCAUACCUAAACGAUGAAAUUCCCAAUAGUCAGGAGAGCGACGGAGAAUUCAGCAAAAUUAAUAGAGGUUUUAACACACUAGAUAAUGAAGGGGAGUCGAAACAAAGUGUGGAAUAUAACAGUAGGGAUGUGGAUGCCGAACAACAGCAACGAUUUGAGGAAUCAGACAUAGAACCUUCGGAACAAUUUAGAAGCUAUCCUGAAUUUUAUGAAUAAUUUUAUUAUAUAUUUUACUCUAUUCUAUCUAUUAAUGGUACUUAAAUUAUUAAAAACAAAGUAAUAAUAUUAUGUAUAUUAAUAUUUGAAUACAAAAUAAAUUUUUGUAAUUAAAUUUCUAUAAAUUAUAGACAAAAAUAUAGUAAAUAAAAGCA